CUACAGUGCGCAUGCUCAGUCCGUGCGGCGAGGCGACAUGGCGGCGCCCAGCUCGGAGCAGACGGCCAGGCCGCCGCGGCCGGGGAGAAGCGGGCGGAUCCUGCUGGUGCGGCACCUCCCCGCCUCGCUGACGGCUUCGGAGAAGGAGAGCUUGCUGAGGCACUUCGGGGCCGCUUCCGUGCGGGUCCUGUCCGACCGCGGGAGGCUGAAACACACUGCUUUUGCUACUUUCCCGAAUGAAAAUGCAGCUACUCAGGCUUUAUCGAGAUUGCAUCAGCUGAACCUUCUAGGCCACACACUGGUAGUUGAAUAUGCAAAGGACCAAGACAGUGUUUGUGCACUUAGCCAAUCUUCUGAAAGUGAGAAGGACAAAAGCCUUGAAGAACCAGUGAAAGAAGAGAAAGAACAGAAAGAUCUAGGCUGCCUCAAGAUAGAAAGUGGAAUUGCUCCUAGCCAUGGGUUAACUUUCCCUAUAAAUUCUUGCCUCAAAUAUCGAUACCCCCCGCCUUCCAGUACAAUCCUAGCCAACAUAGCAAAUGCCUUGGCAAGUGUGCCUAAGUUUUAUGUGCAGGUUUUGCAUCUUAUGAACAAAAUGAAUCUUCCCCCUCCCUUUGGGCCAGUUACUCCUCGACCUCCUAUGUAUGAAGAGUAUAUCCCUUUACCGCCUCCUAUUCCUCCUCUGCCUCCUGAGGAACCUCCUUUGCCUGAAGAGGAGGACAGUCAGGACUCGAGCAAAGAUGAAUCUGAGUAUGAAAGUGCUGAUGAAGAGGAAAAAGAAAGAUUUACAAAGCUGAUGGAAUUGGCAACCUUCCAACCCAAACGACGGAUCCCAACAAAGCCGCACCGUACGAGAAAAAAGAGAAAGAUCAAAGACUUAUUAAAUGUCUCCCAGCUAGCUUCCCACAGCAAUUUGCACCCAGCCCUGUCGCCUUCGGAUGUGUUUGAGCAGCCGCACCCUGUAGGUCUCAAAAAAAUUGAAUUUCACAUAUCUUCAGAGAGCCCUGGCAUUCUUCAGAAAAGCUUGGCGGAGCAGCAUAACAAUGACAUCUAUGCAGCCAUUGAUGAAAUAUCUGGUGAAGGGUUUGGAAAAAUCUUACCCGCUCUCCGUUCCAAUCAUAAAAAAGAGACAGAAGAGGAAGAAGAAGACGAUGAAAUACCUUCGGAAUUCGUUUCUAAAAGAGAGCUAGAAAAAGGCAGAGUCUCCCAUAAAGAAAUGGAAACUCUUGCUGUCUUCAGAAAUUAUGAGCCUGGUGAGCCAAAUUGUAGAAUUUACGUGAAGAAUCUGUCUAAACAAGUUCAAGAAAGGGAUUUGAAGUUUAUCUUUGGAAGAUACGUUGACUUUUCAUCAGAAACUGAACGUAUAAUGUUCGAUAUACGCUUAAUGAAAGAAGGCCGUAUGAAAGGACAAGCAUUUGUUGGGCUUCCCAAUGAAGGAGCAGCUGCAAAAGCUUUGAAAGAAGUCAAUGGAUAUGUUUUAUUUGACAAGCCUAUGGUGGUCCAAUUUGCUCGAUCCGCGAGACCAAAGCCGGAUCCCAAAGAGGAAAGGAGAAAAGAUAAGGGGAGAAGACCCUGAAGAAACAUUCCUGCCUAAAUACUGCAGUAAUACUGUGUCAUGCAAAGUGUAUCCUUUCUUGCUGUAUCCUUUUUUUGUAUAUAUACAUCUUUUUUUUUCCUAGUAAAAGGUUCUAGUGUUCUCUUAGCAUUGCGCUAGGUGGUCAUCUAGCAGAUCUCUAGUAAUAGUUUGUUAUUUUACUAAACAUAGCCCCUGUUUGUUAACUUACCAGGGUACCCAUGGAAGUUUAUAGCCUUAAAAUGUACUUUUUAAAAAUUCCUCAUAUUAACAGUAGCACAAUUUUGGGCUGCCAGGCCUUCAGCAAGUGUAAACCUCUCUGCUUACGUUGGUAGAGUUUUAAAUGCUGUUUACCAACUGAAGAUCUGGCCUCAACACUAUAUUUUUAACCGUCCUCCAAUCUCAUGGUGUUCAGAGGAAAACAGCAACACCUCCAUAGCAAAGUAGUACAAUAUGCAUCUUUAGCUGUUUUUUGUAAUCCUCCUUACUUGAUAGAGAGCAGCAAGUGAAGCGGUAUAAAUGGAGCAAACUAAAUUAUCUUCUGCUUAGUCUUUCUUGCUGCUUUCUAAUUUGUUCUCAGGC